AUGGUUUCAACACAGGUUUCCUCAUCCAACUGCACAAUUGCUCUGUUGGACAGAUUGUCGAAACUUAUUUUGGUCCAUGCUAUCAGGUCAUGCUCUUUGGGUCAGCUGCCUGCCUCUGAGGCGGAAAGACUCUAUCCAGGAUUGCAAAAAUGUGUAGAUGGACUUCAUCAAGGUAUAUCUGACUAUCGGAUCGAGCUGGAAUCUCAACUCGAUUCAUCAACAUGUGAUCGGGCAUUUUUCCGAACCCUUCUAGACUUUCGUGGUCGUCUUCUUUCUUGGCUUCAUUUGUUCGCUUUUCAACCCCUUGGUAGGCCUGGAAUCGAUUGGCAAGCUCGGCUUGAGUUCCAUCAUUCGCGUGCUGGAUUCGAUCUUAUGGCCUUUCGAACAUCUGCUUCAGAAAGACAUUUUUUCUCCCGUUUACAUGCCCGCCUUUCACGACCAUUGCCUAUUACCACUUGUCAAUUAAGACAACUUAGUCUUAUUCCAACUCACAUUCCUUCGAUGAUCUUAGCUCAAUUUUCUGAUUUAGCCUGCUUUAUCAAAGAUGCCAUUUCCAAGAGAGAAGAUCUUAUGUCUCAUGCCACCCAGGUUGAAAACCUGGACAACGAUAGAAGUACUGGUAUGGUUCAAAAUUUUGACCUUUCUCCUGAUCAAGUCAAAAAUGAUUCCGCCUAUGAGGCCGAUCAACUAUCUCAGAUUAUCUUAGCUCCUUUGGUUGGACUUAUUAUUUCGCAUCUUUGGAAUAGGUAUGUUUAA